UAUUAUUUUAUGAUAUUUGCAUUAAGUUUGUAUCAAUCAUAUAGUUUUGUAGUGAAUGUUAUGAUAAGACAACCCCUAAUCGCAUAUGAAAUCACUUCUGGACUCCAUUAUCACAGUUAGUGUUGAAGUGUUUGAAGCGUUUGUUUCGCAAAACAAUUAAUUAAUUGAUUGAAAGUUGCGUUGAAUUAGUGAAGAAUGAGUGGAAACGAGUUGAAGACUGUGCCAUACGAUCCACGCUUUCCCAACCAGAACCAGACCAGGAACUGUUACCAGAAUUAUCUGGAUUACCACCGCUGCCAGAAAGUGAAGGGCGAACAGUACGAGCCGUGCAAAUGGUACAAAUGGGCCUACACUGAACUCUGCCCCGUCUCAUGGGUU